AUGGCUGAUCUAGAAGCCCUGGUCCGUGUGAUCAUGAAUGCCACGGCCGCACAACAGAACCUCGCAGCCAUCCAACAGGAAACCAACCGGUUGCAGAACGAGCAGAUACAGGAAGCAAAGAAGGAAAGGGUAGCCAUUUUGCAACGGAUGGAAGAACUGGUGAGCACUCCGGCUCCCUCGGCGGCCACCGCUUCUAUACGGUCAACGCACGUACUGAAUAAAAUGACCAACGGCGAUGACAUUGAAGCAUAUCUCCUGGCCUUCGAAAGGACGGCAAUUAGAGAAGGCUGGCCACGGGUGCAGUGGGCCGUUUUAGGUUCUGUGAAGUCAGCUGAAAUAUUUUAUGGGAUUGAAGGUGGAAAUGUAAAGAUUGAUUGCCCAUAUCAACCUGAAUAUAACGAGAAUGAAAAGUACCUGUGUCAUACUCGCUGGAUACUAAAUAAUGCACUAAUCAGCAGUGGUGAGCCUGAGACUAAAGGGAGAUUCUCUCUGUAUGAUAACCGGUCAGCGAGAGUCUUCACUGUGACCAUCACAGAGCUGACACUAGAAGAUGCCGGGACAUAUUACUGUGGAAUUGAUAAUAAGAUAAAUGUGGAUGAAUACACUGAAGUGAAAGUGAUUGUCAAUAAAGCUCCGAAAACCCCCCCCACCACAACUCGUGCCACACGCUCAAGUACCAUCCCUUCCACCACUACUGUGAAGGGGAACACAGACAAUGGACAAACAAGGGAUUGUACAUCCAGCAGCCCUGCAGCUGACACACACUCAGAAGCAACAGCCAAGGCUGCAACUGAGGAGAAAAUCACUGAAAAGGCUCCAGUCGAAAGAGGUUGGUGUUUGAGAGAAUCCAAGGGACCAGCUUGAGUUCAAGGCUGCAGGACCACACAAGCACUUGGCAUUAGCUAUUUACUGGUACACAUCCCUUUUCAUCCUGUAACAGGGUCAAGAAUGCCCUGUUCAAAUUUAUUUUACACUUGUAUGUUAUUAUUUUUAUAAAAUUAUUGUGUGAUUUGAUUAGUGCACGCUUUGUGUUGUCUGACACUUUUUGAUAAUUGGCUUCUCCACCAGCUUCCCUAUGUUUGCCCUGUUGAGCACCUAGUAAUUGAAUUAUUGAUCAAUUUACCCACCUGAAUAUAAAUAACACAUGUUUUUACAAACGGGAUGGCCAUCCUGGGGUUUGUGUGUCUGUGCAGCAGUGGGAACGCAGUGUUUGGAGCGGGGAACGGCGAGUGAGAGAGACUGAAACGGACCAGUAAAUGGAGCAUCCCGACAACAAGUAUUGGGCUGAUGGUAUGCUGGUGUGGAGUAAUGAAAGCAAACGGCCCGAGUGUUUUUUUUAGCCUAUUUGGUAGUCGAUUGGAGUUUAAGAAGUGCACAGAAUAGGCUAUAUUGCGAUGCUGGUUUCUCUCUCGCUCUCUCUGUGUGUGUUCCCUCCCCUGCACUGACAUUGUGUGCGUGUGUGGUGUGGGUAUUUGGACUUUUGUACUGUGGUAUUGUUUUUAUUAUGACAGUUUUACCGUGUUUUGGAAUGUGUAUCUCCACUGUAUUGCUGGGUAGCAGCGUUGUUGUAUUUGCUGUUUAAUCCAUGACCUCAUUCAUGUGAACCUUGUUUAACUGCUUGAAAUCUUGCUACCUGUUAAUAGGUGAAUGGAAUUGUUGUUUUAUUAUCAGUACCAUUUGAAACUAGGUGUUGCUAUUGUAAGCUUACAAUAAACAAAUGCUUGUUAAAA